AUGACAUUUGCUACACUCCGCGCACUGCACACCCUGAUUGGUGCGGCUCUCGACGAUAUCGAGGCCGUGUAUCACGAUGCGGCCACCAGUGGCUCCAAGACGAACUCCGUCGCGGGCUUGCCCUCGCCGCUUUCGCCGUCUCUUUCGACGCCAGCCUCCACCCCUCUCCAUGCCUACUCAUACUCGCCGACGCCUUCCACGCCCUACUCACCCACCGACUGCGACAGGGACAGCGCACGCGACCUGUACCCCUCUCCCUCCCCGCUCUCGCCCACGUUUUCCGUCUCCACUGCCCCACGCGGGGCCUUCGCGCCGUACACAGCGUACUCGCCUGUACCGCACUCGCGCAGCGACUCGCUUGCGGACACGCUCUCGCUGUCGCUGUCCCUCGGACAGCGCCCGCCCUCACCCACGCCGUCCUUCUCCACGCUCUCCUCUUACUCCGGCACGGCGUCCUCCCGCGCCUCCUCGCGCCUCAAUCUCGGCGACGUGAUCGACCCCGAGCGCAUACAGCCGCCCGUCUCGGCGUUGGCGCCCAUGCAUAUCAAGAGCGAGGGUGUCAGCGCACAGUGGACGCAUGACACGCCCCCUGCAUCGCCCGCCGUCCCUGCGCCGACCUCAACGCCCGUGCGUCGCCUUCCGCUCGCCUCCGGCCGGUUUUUACGGCACGCCGCGUCUGAGCUGCUCGCGACGCCGUCCCGCCUGUCGCAGGCGGGAUUCUGCUCGGGCGCGGCGGCAGGCUCGCCGCAUACACCCAAGUCGGCGGGCGCGGGGAAGUACGCGGGGCACCACUCGCUCGACGGCGCCCCGCCGAAGGCGCAGAGGACGCCGCAGCGCGGGGUCUUCGCAUCUGCGUCCGUCUCGGACCUGCUCUCGACUCCGCAGUCGAAGGCGCGCCCGCGCGGGUCGAUGGACGCGCGCAGCGUGUGCACGGCCACCUCGCUCGGAGGGGACGGGAAGGGGUCGCCCUCGCCCAUACGCUUCGCGCCGAACCCGCAUCCCGACCCCCUGGCGGACGGCGCGGACGGUGCGGAGACGUACGAGUAUGGGCAAAGGCUUCCGACUGUACUCGGGUCGCCCGCGACGCCCAGGCGCGCGCCUGAUAGGACGCCCGGCGAUACGCUCGCGACGCCGACGUCGGCGCGGCCUGGCAGCGGGGAAGGCGCGGAGCGUAGUGCAGACGGCAGAAAGCAGCGCCACCGGCCGACGCCGCUCCUGCCUGCACUUGUGCCCACAGGGCAAGGUCAAGGCCAGCUGCCGCCGACGCCUGCGUCGCUGUUCUCGUUGUCGAUGUCCUCGCCGACGUCGCGGUCGUGUCUGGCCGGCGAGUCGGAUGUUCUGGACGUGGAUACGCAUGCUGCGGGCGCUAGUCUCGACAAGGACAGGCGGAGCCAGGGCCCGACGCUGGGCGCGCCGUGGGAGGAAGGGCAGAGCGCCGCGCGGAAGCCAUGGUUCGAGAAGGGCGCGAGGGUGAACGGGCGGGCGCUGGACUGGCCAGCGCUGGACGAGCCUGCGUAUGUUGCGCGAGGGAAAGAUGGCGAUCAGGAGACCUCGGCGGUGAAUAGAGAUGAGAGCCCUGGGGACACAGACGAGGAUCGUGCGCGCGUGUUGAGUGAAACGCUGACGACGCACCCGGCGGUGCUCGCGGCGGUGUCAAAGCUCGUGGCGGCGUGCGGACAGCUGAGCGCGAGCGUGCAGAGGCCGUUCCUGACUGUGUGUGACGCGGCGAUGGGGUACAACCUCCCUGCGUGCUUGCGCCUGCUCGAGGCAGCGCACGUUCCGGAGAUCCUCCGGGAGGCGGGUCCGAAAGGACUGCACGUGAGGGAGAUCGCGAGGCGAGUGGACAAGGUCCGUCGGGCAAACAGAGCGCGAAGGGCGGAUUCGAACGAAGCACGGAGUACGGAGGCUGGGAUUGGCGAGGAAGAGGCUGGCGUCGAUCCUGUGUUACUCAGUCACGUCCUCCGGCUACUCGCGACGCAUCACAUCACGCGAGAGGUGCGCCCGGACGUCUUCGUGAACAACCGAAUUUCGGGUGCUAUCGACUCGGGGAUGACGCAGGCAGAGCUUGCAAAGACGCCAGAAACGAAGUACGAGGGAACGGAUGGGAUUGCUGCGUUCGUUGGGCUGUGCACGGACGAGCUGUUCAAGUCUGCAGCGUACCUCACGGACUGCUACCUUCCUUCGCCUGAGGAUUCUGGUCUUUUUGGGACCCUUUCAUCCGCUCCUCAGCCGCAAACCGCUGCAGAACGAGAUGUGCCAGCUGUGAACACCCCACACAACGACGACAGGAACUGGGGCGGCAAGGGUGCAGGAAGCCAGGUGGACCUCGCUGACCUCGCGCUAGGGACUCGCGAUAGCCCGAAGUCUCCUUUGAGGACGAAGAGAUCGUUCCUAGGCUCUCCUGUACCAUCAGUGGAGAGCACUUCAAGUAACGUGAGGCGGCGUCCGCGGGCUCUGUCAAUUGUCCCGACACCGGCGAGCCCGUCGAAGAUGCCUGCUCCUCGCCGCCCGCGAGCGUUCUCGAUUAUCCCCUCUUCGAGCUCGAGUGGUCCUACUGCGGCAUUACCUCCGCUACCUCCGCUACCCUCGACGCCCCCCAAAGCACGAGGGCUUCAGCCAUCACAGACGAAGCACGAUGCGUCUCCUACGAGGCCUUCUGCAUUAGCUAGCCAGAUCUCCAGCCAGAAAGAAGAGAAGGGAGAUAAUCCAAUGCAUGCCCCCUUCAACCUUGCAUUCCGGACGAACGCGCCUUAUUUUGAAUGGCUAGAGAGACGCGGGAACGGAGGAAGGCUGAAGAGAUUUGGACGUGCGAUGACAGGGACCGGGGCUUGGGAGGUGCCAGGAGCGAUUGUCGGCGGUUUCCCAUGGCAUUCACUCCCGCCUUCAGCAGUCGUCGUGGACGUCGGCGGAGGGAUUGGCUCGACGUCGAUGCUACUUGCCUAUGCGUUCCCACACUUGCGGUUCCUCGUCCAAGACAGAGCGCCGGUGGUCGAGAUGGGCGAAGCAAUGCGGUCGAUGUUCAAUUCACAAGAGCGAACGCUCCGGGAGUUGUCCACCCUUGCGCAGACAGCCGGUUGGCGAAUCGUCCAGGUCGUGCGAUCGGAGAGCUCCUUGUUCGGACAUAUCACCGCUGUCCCUGUCGAAAUCCCAGCAGAGAGCCUUGCCUUGCUUGAUAAUCCUUUGCCAGGUACGGAGGGAGCAAGCACAGGGUCGGGAGCGCCGGGAAAGACCAAGAGGCCCGCCAUGGGCGACACGUUCUGCUCCUUCGUUGACCUUCCGUCGGACGACACCGUGCGCAAGGGUGUCCGUGCGAGCAAACGUGCAGCUGGUGCUCAAGGUUGGCAGGCGCGCGCAAGCGAAUGGAAGCAGCGUCUGGUGAAGAAAGGCUCGGCGAUCUUCAAGGACAGGAAGGGUCAGAGUCACGCGCUACCUCCAAGCCCGGCGCCCCCUCCACUUCCGGCGACUCCAACAGAACUGCUCCCUCCAUCGGACGUGGCGGACCAUGAGAAGGAGCAGAAAGGAAAGAGAAGUCUGGGAACUCCCAAGAGCGGGGGUGGCCCGCGGGGAUUGCGCAAAGUUCUCUCGCGCGCACAACUCAGCGCAGGUGGGGUCGAACGACAGCGCGAAAGAGUCGAACGGACGGCUACCGUUCCGAGUGGAUGA